CAAUGUGACUGUGUUUAUUGUUUUAAUUUUUAUGAUGUAAGAAUUAAGACAUUAUGAACGAAUAUGUAAAUUGUCUAAUUUUAUGUUGUUAAUUUUUUUUAAUAGCAUGAUGCUUAAACAACACCACACGGUUUUAAGAAGACUAUAUCAAUAUGACCCAUGCUUUUGGAAGACCAUGCGAUCAAAUUUUUGUACUCACGAAGAUAAUAUAAUUUACUUGUGUAAAUAUUUUAGGAUCACCCUUCGCUGUGUAGUAUACUGCCAAUAACCUUGAAAUAUCGGUUUAAAGUAUUAGAAGAAUGCGGGGUAAACAAUAUAUCAACUCAAUAUUUAGUUUCAUAUUUGACAUUAGUAAAAGGAAAAACAAUAGGGGAACUGAAACAAUCUGGAAUCAUUUCACAAGCAUUUAAUAUUGAAAAUAGACUGGCAAGUUAUAUGAGCCAAUGGCCUUCAUCUCUCACCACAUUAGUAUAUGGAGAUGUUAACAAAUUUACUUUACAUUCAUUAAGAAUAAAAAUUAUACAAAGAUACCUUGAACUUAUGUUAGAUCUAAGUUCAGAUGAAUUUGUAAGAGGAAUUGAUACAUAUCCAACAAUUCGACAUCGUCCACUACAAUCCAUCAAUGAAACUCUGAAUAUUUUGCUGAGUGAAAUACUUAUUCCAAUUAAAAAAAUUAAAUCCAACUUGUAUUUAGUGCAUGCCUCCCCAGACAACUUAAAGAAUAUAUUGUAUAAGUUUAGAUCAAUUGGAGGAAUAGAUAUAAAAGAAAUAUUAAGGAUGUAUCCUAAGCUAGCUGUAAUAAACUAUUCAACAUUAUUAGAAAUAAGAAAAACUUUGGAAGAAUAUGGAAUAAGUAAAGAAGCACAAAUCAGGUGUUUUCAAAUAUAUACACUAAGCCCAGCUACAAUUAAAGAGAGAUUAGAAAAAGCUAAAACUAUACCGGAGUUUAAUGCAUUUUAUGGCCACCCAAGAUUUUUGAAAAUGAUCUACUAUAAUAAGACAGCGACAAGAAGGCUGAUGAAAUUAUACAGUUACAACAAAAAAUGCUUGAGCCUCAAUAUACUUUCUGGCAGUUCUGCACAUUAUGAAAUUUUUGAGAAAGCACCAGGUGAUCGAUUGGGAAAAGGCAAAGAUUUAGUCUUCUGUAUAAGCAAGUCACUAGGCGACUCAUUUAAUGUCACUCAUAUACGUAAUAUAAUCAAACGACAUCCAUUUUGGAUUAACAUCCCAUUAAUUCAAGUUAAAUAUGUUUAUGAACAGUUGAGUGUAGACUUUUCUGCUAAUGAUAUUUAUGAAAAUUGCCCUAUUCUGUUGUAUCCUUGGAAUAGGAUAAGAGAAACACUAAAACUAUUAGAAUCAAAUGAAAAGCAAAAUAAAUGGUUAGCCUCAUUACAUUAUGAACAAAUAGAUUUAACAACAUUAAGCCAAUCACAAAAGCUUAGUCUCAUAUUGUAUUUACUUGAAAAAAAUCAUUAUUUUACUGGAAAUGGGGUAUGGUCUGAAGAAAAACAUAAAAAUAUUGUUGAUUUGACCACAAAAACAUCUGAAUCAAAUCAAUUAGUAUAGUAAUAAUAAUAAAUAAAAAGUAGUCUGAGUA